AUGAAGAUAGGUGAGCAGGGUUCAUUUAGUUUGCCUGUCCACUGUGUUCAGUGUGGUGAAUAUUUCAUAGUGUCAGAUCGAGGUGAACAUUGUAUCAAAGUAUUUAACAGGGAGGGUCAUUUUCAGUACAAGUUUGGUAAGAAGGGGGAGGGGGACGGGGAUUUUAAUUGUCCACGUUUUCUGUCAGAGACUCAGUCAAAGCACCUGUUGGUUUGUGAUGAGGAUAAUCAUAGAAUACAAGUCUUUGAUGUAGAUGGGAAGUUUGUAGGAAAAUUCGGUACAAAUGGCAGCAAAUUAGGAGAAUUUAAUAAUCCAUUAUCAGUAGCUAUUCUAAGUAAUGAUCAAAUUGUGGUAUCUGAGUACAAUAAUAAUCGAAUUCAAAUAUUUGAAUGACAUUUUACCCGUUUUCCUAAGAAUAAUUGCAAGCAUAACCACUAGUCUUUUUCUCAUUUCUGAGUGUAGUAGGAUUACGUGAUUACAAUCACUAUUUUUCAAUUUCUUAGAAUCAAACGUUUUGUUAAGUUUAGGUCAGUGUAUGAAUUGUUUUCUUGUAAGCAAGACAAUCAGGGUUUUCUCGCAUUCACAUAUCAAGUAUCGCCCUUAGAGAAGGAUUUUGAUGUACUUACUCGUAGCACUGUUCUUACGCUUUGGGCUUUGCGCAUGGCAUCUCGGGAAGGGUGAAAUGUCACGAAUCAUUCGCGCCUCGCGCUUUACAUCCUUCCCAUGACGCUUGGCUUCGCAAAAUGAGCCGAACACAAAUCCAAGUCUACUCUGUGGCCAAAUAUAGACCCCAUCUUAGUCACUGUUGGGAAAAUGUAAUUUUCGCGAUCCCAUUUUAGUAACUUCUGUUUUCUACCUUUUAAAGCCUUUUAACUAGGUCAUCCUGAAAUGAAUUGACACAUUGGUUUAACUUAUGUAGAAACGUAUAACAAUAUAGAUGAGCGUUGCCACUCUGUAAUAGAAAAAAGGCCGGGAAAUAAAUUUUUUUCGCCUUAAGUCACCCUAUGUGAUAUGCAGUUAUUUGUCUAAUUAUUCCACUUGAGACAUAUUAAAUAUAAGUGAUCCAUUCUACUAUGGUUGGAACCUGACAAUGCCCAACAAUAAUGCAAGUCGCUUACAUUCCAAGCGCUAGCUAGUAAUUGUACAACUCUUUAUGUUUCAAUUUAUUCCCUAAGGCAGUCUAGUUUUCUUUUCGUUUACAGUCGUUCCCGUAUUUCUGCAUUGGCUCGGUGGUUUGAUGUAAAAAAUAGUUCAGAUCAAAAUUCAAGAAAAACAGUCUGGAAGUAGGAGAGGCAGAUUGAGGUGUUUUUAAAAAAGAUUAGCUCCUUUUGAGUGAGUCCUGCGAUUAAUUAUCUCAUUUAAUACAUAGUUUUCCUUAAGUGUUGCACGUUGAAAGCAAUCUAAAUUGUUGAACUCUUCUUUGGUACGAGAAGUGCAAUGAAAACGUUCUAGGCCUGAUCCAUUUAUUGUGGAUUUUCACUAGAUGGUACGUGCUUUCAUGACAUUGUAAAGAUUGUUUUUCACUGACGUAGGAGUCCUGGAGAGGGGUAGAGGGUACUCCCUAUAAUGGCCUAUACGUGGAGGCUCCGUCCGAAAGGGGGUACCUUUUGUAGGCUUAAGCCCAAAAGGGUAGGGAUUUCACUAGUUGUAGUAUAUGAAAGGGUAGGGAAAGCUGUUCGGUCCGUAAAAGGACCUAAAAGGGCAAACAAAGUAUUUUUGUGGCUGUGAGGAAGACAAGAAAACUUUCUGGUUUGGUGAGUACUCCCCUCACCCUGUCGGGGGUAAGAGUCGGAAUCGGACAAUGUUAGUUAUUGUCAAAGAAUAAUGUAGCUGUACUUAAUUAGAGAGCGAGAAUAUUCGGUCUCUGUUGGGUUUUUGUGAACGUCAACGAUCCUGGAAACGUUUGAGUUGGCCUCUUUAACUCUUUAAACCCCAAUAUCCACAUACAAAUUCUCCAAACUGGUCUUUAUACAUUUUCAUAUUGAAUACGUUGAGAGAAUUUGGUAGAUGAUCAAAGUAUUAGCCUGGCCAUUUGGUGAUUAUUUCAUUAAUUCUCACAACCUUAUCUCUUGAUUGUGCAUUGAUAUUGUUCGGAGAAAAUUGAUGUUUGUUACUUUUGGGAAUCUAAGUGUUAAUAUCUUUCACAAAUCGAUAUAUGGUUACUGUUCCCUUUAUCAUGCUUACUACUCACAAAUUUCUAGACAACGCGCUGUAUUAAAAUUCAAAUUGCAUCUUUUAAAGCUGUGGUUUCACGCUCUCAUAGUGCUUUACAAAGGAUUCACAGAUUUCACUUUGGUAUUAUUCAGGUUUCAAAAUGAUUGUCAUUUACGGUACUCACGCGCUGAAGCUGGCGCGACAGGGACUCUAACAAAAGCGUUCCGUGAUUCGUUCCUUAGAAGAUAAAAAGCUACAGGGCUUGAUUGAAUGGUGCAUAUUUGCCACUCAGGUCAUAAUGUAUCAGAAGUAAGUCUAAUUGUUAUUGGAUCUUACAACUAUUUUCAAUCCUACCAAGAGAGUAUCUGUUUAAAUUUGAGAUAUCAUCCAGUUCACACUGAUCUUAACCCGGGGGAUUUAAUUUCUGGGAAUCAUAAACCACGAAAACAAUAACAACCCUCUCACAACGAGGCUCUUUGAUUGGUUCAUUCUCUUUUGAGAUUCCGGGAAACUCUAAACGUAGACAAUCAAAAGACUUCAUUGUUCAGUGUUGACUGCUUCAAGGGUCACAGCUCACUUGUUGUUGACGACAUCAUGGACCUUACAACUUUGUUUUACAAUCUUCGUGAAGAAGUGUCUUGUUCGGUGUGCUCGGACUUAUUUACGGAUCCUAAACACCUCCCCUGUCUGCACAGUUUUUGCUUAAAGUGUUUGAAAGGAUGGUACGAAACGUGCGGGGGCGGAGAAGCCAUUAGAUGUCCGAAGUGCGAAACCUUCAGUCAAGUUCCCGCAAGCGGUGAUCUUAAAGAUCUUCCAACCAGCUUUUAUCUUAAUGGCUUAAUCGAUGUUCUUGCCAUUAAAGAAUGCAGCAAGACUCAAUUCAAAUGCGGAAACUGCGACCAGAAGACUUCGGUAGCAUCGUAUUGUUUCCAGUGUUGCAUAUUUUUUUGUGAAGAAUGCUUAAUCGGUCAUAACAUAAUGCGAGACAAGAAGGAACACCGCGUUUUGGCCGUAAAAGAGUUCAAAGACAGGGACUAUCAAGAUGUGUUAAAGCGACCAGUAUUUUGUUCAAGACAAGGACACCGGAAAGAGGAGCUAAAAUUAUUUUGCAAGGAAUGUGAAAAAGCAGUUUGCCAAACUUGCGUAAUGCUCGAUCACAAUGGUCAUAAGUUGACGCUGAUCGAGGAGGAAGCUGAGAAUCAAAGACUUCAGGUAAAAACUGUUAUCGAAACACAACGACACAACUUAGACGAAAAAAUGAACGUUGUCGCUAAGCUAGAUGAAGAUUAUGCUAAAGUGAUUCAACAGAACGAAAAUUUGAAGGGCGAUGUCCCAAGGUUUUCUGAUGGGUUGAUAAAAACAAUUCAAGCAAAAAUGGAAUAUGUUAUUGACGCGAUGGAAAACAAAACGAAGAAGUCACUUGAAAGAUUAACAGCAAAAAGAGGUGAGAUUCAGCAUCAGAUAAAUGUUAUUGAAUCAUCAUUGGAAGAAGCUGAUAAACUUCUAAAACGAAGCACCACCGUUGAAGUUGUUCAGCUUAAAAAAACACUGCAAAUAAUCUUUCAGAGAGUGGAUGAGACAGAGGCUAUUGUUCAUGACCGCAGCAGUCUGAAAGCGUUUGUUUUCGUAGAAAAUCAGAAGAUACUUGAUGUCGUCAACGGCGAAAAAAUUGGAUUCUUGGAAGAAGGUUACCGAACAAAAUCAAGCGAAUCUCUGGCUGAAGGUGAAGGACUGAAAGAAGGGACUGUUGGACGUAAAGCUCAAUUCAAUUUGAUCACAAGAAACGCAGAGAGAAAGCAGGGGUACGAUCAAGGGGACCGUGUAACGGUAGAGAUCACGGACGAACAAGAAGGAGAAUGCGUGACAGAAGUAAGAAUAGAUGAUAACAAGGAUGGAAUCUACGACAUCAGUUAUUUUCCCAGAGUUCAAAGGACAAUAAAGUUAUUUGUUAAGGUAAACGGGGAACAUAUUCAUGGUAGUCCUUUUGCUGUGAUUGUAAAACCAUUUCAAGUCAAACCUGUUUUAUCUUUUGGAAAGAAAGGCUCGGGUGAAGGAAUGUUCAAUAAUCCUAUGGGGGUGGCUGUGACUGCUAAAGAUGAAAUAUUAGUAGCUGACAACCAGAACCAUCGAGUUCAAGUGUUUGACAGUAAUGGUACUUUCUUAAGAUCCUUUGGUCAUAGAGGCAAAAAUGCUGGACAGUUUGAGAAUCCUACAGGAAUAGCCACUGAUACGGAUAGAAAUAUUUUCGUAUCAGAGCAUAUUAACCAUAGAGUACAGAUCUUUACUUGGGAGGGGAGGCACCUGGGUUCAUUUGGCAGCCAAGGAGGCCUUGAUAGUCAGCUCCUUCAUCCUUGGGGUUUAUCCUUAGAUGGUUCUGGUAACGUUAUUGUUGCUGAUACAUAUAACAAACUGAUUAAGAUCUUUACCCUGGAUGGUAGGUUUGUAAAGAAGAUAGGUGGGCAGGAUUCUUUUAGUUUUCCUAUUCACUGUGUUCAGUGUGGUGAAUAUUUCAUAGUGUCAGACUCAGUUGGACACUGUAUCAAAGUAUUUAACAGGGAGGGGCAUUUUCAGUACAAGUUUGGUAAGAAUGGGAAAGGAAACGGGGAGUUUAAUUAUCCACGUUCUCUGUCAGUGACUCAGUCAAAGCACCUGUUGGUUUGUGAUGAGGGUAAUCAUAGAAUACAAGUCUUUGAACUAUCUGGGAAGUUUGUAGGCAAAUUCGGUACAAAUGGCAUCAAAUUAGGAGAGUUUAAUGAGCCAUUCUCAGUAGCUGUUCUAAGUAAUGAUCAAAUUGUGGUGUCUGAUCGCAUCAAUAAUCGAAUUCAAAUAUUUGAAUGA